GUUCUUUCUCCUCGUUUCUAACACCCAAAUUUCAACGGAUUUCUCCCCCGGAAAAUCCAAACAAACACCGGAACGAAUUGGAGAACUUCAAUUAGGGCUAUGGCAGCACCGAGGCCGCGUCGGACGACCUCUUUCAGGGACUUUGACUUCGAAAGAAUUGAGGGUGCUGGUAGUUGGGAGGCUCUCGAAUGGACCAAAAGCGAGCCGGUUACGAGGUCUGUUUCGCAUGUGAAAUUGGACUGCUUGCUCGAAGCUGAACGAGUCGUAGUGGAGGGGUAUGGUGUUGUUCUUGUCAACACUGAUGUUGCUGGUACCUUAUUUGUUACUAACUUUCGUCUUCUCUUUCUGAGUGAAGGAACCAGAAAUGUUAUUCAGCUCGGUACUAUUCCACUGGGCACCAUUGAGAAGUUUAACAAAAUGGUAGUGAAGAUUCAAUCAGCUCCUCGUCAGACUGAUAAAACUUCAUCACGACGACUUCUCCAGGUCAUUGGCAAGGAUAUGAGAAUUAUAGUAUUUGGAUUUCGCCCUCGGACAAAGCAGAGACGUGCCAUCUUUGAUGCUUUAGUGCGGUGUACAAAGCCAGAAAGAAUAUGGGAUCUCUAUGCUUUUACAUGUGGACCUUCCAAAUACAGUAACACUAACCCAAAGGUCCGAUUAUUGAACGAGUAUUUCCGUUUACUCAGAAGAGGCUCCUAUCAUGCAUCAAUGAGUAUGAUUGAAGACCAUACAUUUACGUUUUCUAAUGAUUUGUGGAGAAUAAGUGAUGUAAAUUCCAACUAUACAAUGUGCCAAAGUUAUCCCUUUGCAUUGGUUAUUCCAAAAGGCAUUAGUGAUGAAGAAGUACUCCAGGCUUCCACCUUUCGUGCAAGAGGUCGUAUACCUGUAGUCUCAUGGUGUCAUCCAGGAACUGGAGCAGUUCUUGCACGCUCGUCCCAACCUUUAGUUGGUCUCAUGAUGAAUAUGAGGAGCAAUGCUGACGAAAAGCUUGUUGCUGCACUUUGCACUCAACUUGUUGGGGGAAAGCAGCCGAGGAAACUAUAUAUUGCUGAUGCAAGACCAAGGAAAAAUGCUUUAGCUAAUGGUGCUAUGGGAGGUGGCUCAGAGUCUUCUUCAAAUUAUUUUCAAUCUGAGAUAGUUUUCUUUGGGAUAGACAACAUACAUGCAAUGAGAGAGAGCUUUACUCGGCUUAGAGACUACUUAGAUACUCAUGGUGCUGCAUCAUCAGAUGGAAUGUCAUCAUUUUUGAGACAUGGUGGUUGGACUUGGGGUGGGGGCAAUCUCAGCAGCAUGUCUGCUUCAGUGUCAACCCUUGGGGAUAGUGGUUGGUUGAUACAUGUUCAAAGUGUAUUGGCUGGUUCAGCUUGGAUUGCAGCACGCAUUGCUAAAGAAUCAGCAUCAGUGCUUGUGCAUUGCAGUGAUGGAUGGGAUAGAACAAGUCAGUUGGUUUCACUAGCAAACCUGUUGCUCGACCCAUACUAUCGAACAUUUGCAGGUUUUCAGGCUCUUGUUGAAAAAGAUUGGCAAGCAUUUGGUCAUCCUUUUUCAGAUCGUGUCGGAAUGCCAACUAUAUCUGGAGCAGCUGGCAACAUGCCUUUUGAAUUAACAAGACAUGCUUCCACUGGAAGUUUAUCAUCAUCACCCAUGCGCCAGUCACAAGGAUCAUCUCAGGCUCCUAAUCCCUCUCAUGCGCAGAGCAACUAUUCUCCUAUAUUCUUGCAGUGGGUUGAUUGUGUCUCUCAAUUACUACGAAUGUAUCCCUUUGCUUUUGAAUUCUCCUCGGCUUUCCUGGUGGAUUUCUUGGAUUGUGUGUUUUCAUGUCGUUUUGGAAAUUUCUUGUGCAAUAGUGAGAAGGAGAGAGAGCUAUGUUGUGUCUCAGAAUCUUGUGGGUGCUUGUGGAUGUAUUUGGGUGAUAUGCGUUCUUUGCAGGGACGCUCACAUGCCCAUUAUAACCUUUUCUAUGAUCCAUCAAAACAUAAUGACCCACUGUUACCACCAGCAGCAGCUUUGGCCCCUACACUCUGGCCUCAGUUCCAUCUUCGUUGGGCAUGUCCUUCCGAAUCCCAAGCUGGUGAGCUUGAGGCUCAAUGUAGGAACAUGGCUUUCAAGUUUUCUGAAUUACAGAAGGGAAAAGAAGUAGCUGAGAAGAAAGUGAAGGAAAUCUCAGUCGCCUUGGAAUCGAUAACUACAGAAUUGCGAAAUGAGAAGCAGGUCAGCAGCUCAGCAAUGAAAUUGGCCAAGAGGGGGAGCAAGGAAAAUGCAGCAAUAAAACGAGCCAUACAGUCAUUGGGGUGCAAGGUUCACUUUUCAAGCAGUGGUGAUUGUUCUGUUAAUGUUGAAAGCAACCCAGCAGACACAUCACAGAUAUUUAUGCAGUCUUCUUCAAGAAGAGAAUCAGAUGGUGCUGUAGAAGGUGAUGAGAAAUCCGAUCUCUCUGUAUCAAUUACAUUCGUGGAAGAUGAUGAUGUUUCAAGCAGUCCCCUUGGUCGAGUGUGUGAGACUUUGUGCCCAUUACGUACACGGGAUGGAGGCUGCCGGUGGCCAGAUGCUGGGUGUGCACAGCUUGGUAGCCAAUUUGUAGGAUUGAAGGCAGACUUUGAUGCGUUUGAUCAGCUCUCUAUCUAUGAUAGUUAUUUCCUGUCUGAGUGAAAAUUUUGGAUUUUCAGCAUAUCAGUUUUUGACGCUAACCAUUUUAACCUUCUUCGGCAAGUGCCAACCGGGCCUGUGGCUCAAUUGGUUGGCCCCCAAGCUUUAGGGCUUGGGUGAGGCGGAGGUCAGGGCUUUGAGCUCUGUCACCGCCGUGAGCUCCACCAACUUGCGACUUAAUGGUCGCGUGCCUCAAAUGAGGGGGUGGAACGUUCACUUUCCUGGAAAAAUUCCAGCUGUUAACAAACUAACUCUACUAACUUCCUAACCAUCUACCUGGUCAAAAAAAAAAAAAAAACCUUCUUCGGCAAGUGAAGGAUUUAAAAUGCAAUUCAUAGUUCCUGGAGAAUUUCAGGUCUCUUUCGGAAGCAGUGGUGAGCAAGGCAUAAGGAUGCUGACCCUAACAUUUUGGACAGGUCUCGGGAUAUCUUGUACAGGGUUUAUAAGAGUUCUUUCUAGCCUAUCUGCUUUAAACAUUUUUGCAGACAGAAGAAAAAUAUUAUCGCAGU